AUGACUGAAUCAAAAAAGACAUGGAUUGAUGUCCAAAAGAGAACCUUUACCGGUUGGGCCAACAACUAUCUCAAGGAACGUAUCUUAAAGAUCAACGAUUUGGGAGCCGAUCUCGAAGAUGGUGUUCUUUUGAUCAACCUUUUAGAAAUCAUCUCGUCCAAGAAGAUCCUCAAGUACAACAAGACUGCAAAGAUGAGAUUGCACAAGAUGGAAAACAACAACUUGGCCGUCGCCUUUAUCAAGUCUGAAGGUCUCAAGUUGGUCGGUAUUGGUGCUGAAGAUAUCGUCGAUGGUCAACUCAAGUUGAUCCUCGGUCUCAUCUGGACACUCAUUCUCCGUUAUCAAAUCCAAAUGGCCGAAACUGACUCUCCAAAGGCUGCUCUCCUCGAAUGGGUCCGUCAACAAGUCAAGCCAUACGGUGUCGUUGUCAACAAUUUCACUGACUCAUGGCGUGAUGGAAAGGUCUUGUCUGCCCUCACAGACUCUUUACAACCAGGUGUUUUAGAUAUGAACUCUUUAACCGGAGAUGCUGUAACUGAUGUUGAUCGUGCUAUGGAUGUCGCACUUGAAAAGUACGAAAUUCCAAAGAUUAUGGAUCCAUCUGAUAUGGUCAAUCUUCCAGAUGAACUUUCAGUCAUCACCUAUGUAUCAUAUUUCAGAGAUUACGCUGUCAACAAGGAAAAGAGAGACAAGGAAGCUUUGGAAGCUUUGGAACGUAAGAGAAGAACCACCUCUGAUGCCUCCAAGGUUGACGCCUGGGGUCCAGGUCUUGAAGACGGUUUCGUCAACAAGAAGGGAGACUUCCACGUCAAGGCUGUCAACUAUUACGGUGAGCCACUCCCAACCGGCGGUGAAAACUUUACCGUCAGCGUCGUUGGUGCCGAUGGUGAGGUCAUCCCAGUCACCCUCAAGGACAACGGCAACGGUAUCUAUGACGGUACCUACACUGCCUCCAACCCACAAAACUACACCGUCCAAAUCAAGUUGAACGCCGACGACAUCAAGAACUCGCCAUUCAACGUCAAGAUUGACGGUUCCGAUCCAGAGACCUCCAACAUGUACGGAAGUGGCCUCGAAGUCGCCAAGGUCGGCCAACCAGCCCCAUUCAAGAUCCAAGGUCGUAACAAGGAAGGUCAAACCGUCACCCAAGGUGGUGAUGAGUUUGCCGUCACUGUCACCUCAUCCGAAGGUCCAGUCCCAGCCGAGCUCAAGGACAAUGGCGACGGUUCAUACGACGUUGUCUACACCCCAACCACCAACGGCACCCACAAUGUCGAAGUCACUCUCCGUGGCAUCCCAUUGGCCCAAGGUCCAGCCCAAGUCACCGUCCUCUCUGGUGACGAGUCGCUCUCCUACUGCUCUGGUCCAGGUUUCGAAGCUGCCCAAGCUCGUCGUCCAACCCAAUUCACCAUCCACUCUGUCAAGGCUGACGGAAACGCCUCCAACUUGGGCGGUGAUCCAUACCAAGUAUCCAUCGUCGGUCCACACCAAGUCGACGUUGCCAUCGCCGACAAUGACAACGGUACCUACACUGUCUCUUACACCCCAGAAAAGCCAGGAGACUAUGAGAUCAACGUAGAACUCAACUCCAAGCCAAUCAAGGAGAUUCCAAAGGCCAUCCACAUCAAGCCAGCCGCCGAUCCAGACAAAUCCUACGCCUUUGGCAAGGGUCUCGAACAAGGAGAAUGUUUCCAACCAUCCAAGUUUAAGAUUCAAGCCGUCGACCCAGACGGAAACAACCGUACCGAUGGUGGUGACGGUUUCAAGAUCACAGUCUCUGGUCCAGCCCAAGUCGAGCCAUGGAUGGUCGACAAUGGUGACGGUACCUACGACGUCGAGUUUGAACCAAAGGUUCCAGGCGAAUACGUCAUCGACCUCACCCUCGACGGUGACACUGUCAAUGGUUUCCCAAAGACCGUCAUUGUCAAGCCAGCCCCAAGCGCCGACGCCUCAUACGCCAAGGGCAAGGGUCUCAAGAAGGCCUUUGACAAUGAAGUCGCUGAAUUCACCAUCUUUGCCGUCGACACUGAAGGCAACCCACGUACCGACGGUCAAGACCCAUUCGAAGUCAAGGUCACCGGUCCAAACGGAGACAUUGAAGCCAAGGUUGAAGACAAGAACGACGGUACCUAUGACGUCAAGUACGAACCACAAGUUGAAGGAAACUACCAAGUCCUUGUCACCCUCCGUGGCGCCCCAAUCAAGGACAUGCCAGUCAACGUCACCUGCAUUGAAGGUGCCGAUGGUGAUCAAUCCUCAUUCGGUUCAUUCACCUUUACCGUUGCCGCCAAGAACAAGAAGGGCGAGCCAAAGACUGUCGGUGGUGAUCUCUUUGAAGUUGCCAUCACUGGUCCAGCCGAAUUCAUCACCCUCGAUGCCAUCGACAAUGGAAACGGUACCUACACUGCCGCCUACGCCCUCGCUGGUAACGGUAGAUUCAAGACCGCCGUCAAGUUGAACGGUAAGCACAUCGAAGGUUCUCCAUUCAAGCAAGUCCUCGGUAACCCAGCCAAGAAGAGUGACGAUAUUAAGGAAUUCACUACCUCUGCUACUUCCAAUCAAAUCGAUGCUUAA